AUGGAUCCACUGACGGCUCUGUCCGUGGCUGAGACAAUUGUCCAGUUCGCCGAUUUUGGCAGUAAAAUGUUCUCCGAGGGCUGCCAGAUGUACAAGUCCGCCAAUGGAGCAGUAACAGCGAACGAAGAGCUGGAGCUUGUUAUUUUCGACCUACGCGCGCUCACCAAGAAAUUACCAAAACUUUUCCACGGGCAAUUAGUCACCAGCACACCACUUAAUGACAUGUCCGAUCAACUAGACGUCGUCGACAAGAUUUGUGAAGAAGCUGCCAGAUUAGCAGAGGAGAUUCUGCGAUGUCUCGAUGGGCUGAAGGUCGAAGGUCAAAAGCGUCGCAUGUGGAAGAGUUUUAGUCAGGCAAUAAAGUGUGCAUGGACUAAGGAGGAGAUCGCUGCCAUGGUAAAACGACUUGCAGCCUUCAAAGAUGCUCUGGUAGCAAGGGUUACUUACUCGAUCUGGUCGGAUCUCAAUGCACAAUCAAUCUGUACAUCAUCAGCGUUCGACCAUCUCAACCAGCAGACACGGCAUAUCAUUAUCAAACUAGUCGAAAACAGCGCCAGGUUGAGUGACACUGAUGGAGAGAUUAAAGCAGUCCGUGAUCAACUCACAUCUCUAGCACUUGGCCUGGCUCGAGUUGAUGCUAAUAUCACGAAUGAGCAUCGCAAAGAUCGGAUGAUGUUUUUAGAAUAUGGAUGUCGUUCUGGGUACGGGGGUCUCAAAGAUGUUGAGGCAACUGUCGAACUCUUGGGCGUUUCUCAAACGGAAGAAGAUAGGGUACGAAAGAAAACGAAUAUGGCCCUCCUGGAAGAUCUCAGCUAUCCAUCCAUGUCGCAUCGGUACGAGGCUGUCCUCGAAGCCUAUCCGGAGACAUUCGAGUGGGCUUUUCAGGGGUCAAUGAGUGGUCAAGUAUUGCGCAAUAAUCUCUCUGAUUGGGUGAAAGCCGGCACUGGUGUGUUUUGGAUUUAUGGAAAAGCUGGUUCAGGCAAGUCGACUUUGAUGAAGCAUCUAUUCGAGGAUCCACGAACACUUCAAAAACUCCAAGCAUGGGCAGAGGCUACAGAUUCCACAUCUCAUCAUGUAGAGUUGCCACCACUUUGCGUGGCCUCAUUUUUCUUCUGGAACACGGGUUCCUUGGAGCAACGAUCGCAGACAGGACUGCUUCGAUGUCUUUUACAUCAAGUUCUGUCAAAAUUCCAAGAUCUGAUCCCGAUUGCCUUUCCUGAGCAAUACGCCCGAGCAUACUCACAGUCAGUGGCCAAAGAGUCUAAUGCUUCGACCAUAUACUUCUCUCUACGUCAACUGAUGACGGCGUUCGAAGAAACCAUUGGACAAAGUUUGAUACCAUUUAAACUUUGUCUACUGAUCGAUGGGCUCGAUGAAUUUGAUGGGGAUCAUGAAGAGUUGGCCAGACUGUUCAGGCUUGUGGCACAAUCAUCAAAUUUGAAGAUUUGUCUAUCCAGCAGGCCGUGGCAGGUUUUCCAGGAUGGUUUCGGCAGUUUUCCAAAUUUGCGCUUGCAAGACUUGACAUAUCUGGAUAUAUACAAGUACAUCAAAGGCAAAUUUGAGCAGAGCGAGGCAUUCCAGAGGCUUUCAAAAAAAGACAUUGCGUCGGAAUCACUGGUUCAAGAGAUUCUCGAGAAGGCAGCUGGAGUAUUCUUGUGGGUUCGAAUUGUGGUAAAAUCACUGAUACGAGGAAUCAACAACCACGAUGAUAUCGCCAUUCUACAACAGAGGUUGCAUCUCCUCCCGAGCGAAUUGAAACCCCUUUAUGACCAUAUACUCAACAACCAUAUCGAACCAGUAUACAAGCCAUGGGCGUCAAGAGCAUUUCAGAUACUUAAGACGUCUCGAGAGGUUCUUGACCAUGAUCGAAAAUUAAUUUAUAGCUCCACUGAUAAAUAUUUGUCCAUCUUGCAGUUUAUAUUCGCGAUGGAUCAACAUCUCGACAUUGAGGCUGUCAGCCACCUCGACCAGAAGUCUGUUAUGAGCAGGUGUGAGGAGAUUGCGAUUCAGCUGAAUGUGCGCUGCUCAGGCUUGCUUGAAAUCUCAAAUGAAUCAAAGUUCAGAACACCAGAGGGCCGUGUGGCAUAUAUGCACAGAACUGUUGGAGACUUCCUUGAAAGCAACGAAUGUUGGUCUCAGCAACUAGCUUAUACGGUCAAUUCCGCUUUCGAUAGCAAAGUCGCCCUAAUGAAGAGCUUAGUCUUAUGGACGGCAUACGAUUGUUCUCAUGACUACGAACACAAUAUCUAUUACGGACCAGUCAGAGAACAAAAGCCAAGUGCUACUAUUAAGUCGUCUAUGACAAUGCUUUAUGCUUACUAUGCAAACAUGCAUACUGAGUCGCAGGAAUUGCAAAUAGCACUACUUGAUGAUUUUGAUCGAUUAAGGAGACAACACCACACCUUGGUUCCUGAGGAGGCUUUCCUUUAUCUAGCGGUGCGCUACAGCCUCACUCUAUACCUGAAAACGAAGCUUCAAAAGAUGGAACCCAGUGUUUCCAGAGACACUGCAAAUUCCUUGUCGAAUAUUUUUGCAUUAUCAAAGAAGCGGCCCCAGGGUUUGCCACCUUUAAGGGACGAUGUCGAGAUGUUACUCUCACAAUAUCGCAAAAAUCAAGACGGGCAUUUUAAUUCCUCGAAAUGCAAGUUCGUGGCCGAGGAAAUACCAGAGGCUACAGCGAAGCCAGAAGACGUGGAAAUAUCAGCAGUGUCCAUCCAGCAUAGCCGACUACCUCAACGUGCGAAACGCCGUUCUCGCUCCACGCCAGGCUAA